ACGGGAUGUCGGUUGAUAUCACAGUGAUAUCUCGGCCGUCUGUAUCGCGUGCUCGUCCCCGCCAUGUCGUGGUACAAAACCGUGUUAAUACUGGGCGUUGUCGGGGCGUUGUUUGUGCAGGUGUAUUUCGAUGCCACGGUGCCCGAAGCAAUCAGCGAGAGAUGGACUGCUAAAAUUAUAGAUGCAUGUUUAAAGACAUAUGGCCACACAGUGUCCUUGAUGUCCAUAUUUGGGUAUGGGGAUGUAUUUUCUGCGAGGGCCCGGAAGCUUGGAGACCAGUUUGCCUUGAUCCAGACGACGGGGUCGCCAUGGGGACUUGGUGAGGACCAGGAGCUGAAGAUACACGACGACCAGUUUGAUGGUGUCCCGGUGCGAGUGUACGAGCCUGUGGCGGAUCUGGCCGCCUCCAGCAGGCCUGUGGUAGUCUACUUCCAUGGUGGAGGAUGGAGUCUCCUGUCUGUUGAUGCGUACGACCCACUCACCCGGAAGCUGGCUAAGGACACGGGGUAUGUCGUCAUCUCGGUAGAUUACCGCCUGGCUCCGGAACACCCAUAUCCAGCUGCCUUCGACGACUGUGUGAAGGUUGUGGAAUAUAUUCUGGAGAACAGCCAAGACCUGGGACUAAAUCCUGCACGUGUAGCCGUGGCAGGAGACAGUGCGGGUGGUAAUUUGGCUGCUGCUGUAUCCCUCCGUCUCAAAGAAGAGAUUCGUGUGCAGAUUCUACUCGUUCCUGUUCUUCAAGUCCUAAAUUUCAACACGACCGGUUUUAUUGAAAAUGCUUCGUAUAUGAGAAAAUCCAUCAAUGACCCAAACAACGUUCUAUUUUGGCUGAAUUAUGUUGGAAUUGAUUUCAAAUACCUCUCUGAGUUUCUUUCCAAUAACCAUACUUCUGUUGAAAUGAAAAAUUCAAAAUACGCUGAAUACGUCGAUCCUGACAAGCUAGUACCUAAGUAUUACAUACGUACCCUAGCAUUGAGAAACACAGAACAAAGAAAAGAUUUCGGUAACAAAGAAUUAUGGGAAAAGAUCAAAGAGCGUCUCCUUGAUCCCUACUUGGCACCAUUGAUGGCAGACGACGCCAUGUUGAGACGAACUGCGCAUGCGUACGUGAUGACAGCCGGAUAUGACAUCAUCAGAGAUGACGGUAUUAUGUACGUGUCACGACUGAAAGCCGUUGGUACGAAAGCAAUUAUCAGGAACUUCCCGGAAGCUUUCCACCAUGCUCUGUGGUUCCACAGCGGACCUCUCCGGGUUAACGUCGGUACCAGGAUUGUGAGGGAUGUCACUAACUUCUUGAAGAACCACCUAUAGCAACCUGUUGUGAGGGGUGUCACUAACUUCUUGAAGAACCACCUAUAGCAACCUGUUGUGAGGGGGUGUCACUAACUUCUUGAAGAACCACCU